UUGCUUCGCCCUCUCUGAAUAUGUAGUCUGCGGUCUUUUUUAUUUUGAAUAAAAUUUAUAGUUACUAAUUUCUAUGAAAUUAUAUAUUUAAUUGGGCUUUGACCGACCGACACAAGUGCCCAAGAGACCACCACCCGCUACUCGAUCGCCAGAGCAGCGCGGAAAAGCGGAACAGCCAAAAGAGACCAGAACGGCACCAGCGUGCCGCAAUUCCCAAAGAGAGUCAAGUCCCCCGACCCGAUCGAACAGCGGUGUGCGAGGUGCAUGCAGCACGUUGUAAUUAGGUUAGCAGCACAUAGCAGCAUAACAUGGCACAGCACCACCAGCAGCAGGGCAUGGACUCGGCCUUGUUCGAGCGCCGCCUGCGGCCGGUUUACGAUAACCUGGAGGUUGGCAACAACCGAAAAGCCCUACAGGAGUCGGAAAAGCUUCUUCGUAAGCACCCCACCUUGAUCUGUGCCCGUGCCUUGAAAGGAUUGUCUCUCCUUAGGCUUGGACGCUAUGACGAAAGUCAUGGGUGCCUGCAGGCCGUCGCAGAGGAGAAGCCAACGGAUGACUCUACGCUACAAGUUUUAUCUUUCUGCUACCGGGAAAUGGAGCAAUUGGACAAGAUCGUGGAACUGUACCAGCAUGCGGUGAAGCAGAAUCCUGGUAAUGAGGAGCUGCUCGCCCACCUUUUCAUCUCCCAUGUUCGCGUAGAGGAUUAUAAGGCGCAGCAGGCCACUGCCCUGCAACUGUACAAGGCUCAGCCCAAGAACGCCUACUACUUCUGGUCGGUAAUUAGUGUGGUCUUCCAAGGUAUUCGGGGACCGGAAUCGGCGAUUCCGGAAAAGAGGAAAAUAUAUUUGGGUCUGGCGCAGCGCAUGGUGGACAAGCACAUCAAGGAAGGAAAAAUGGAGACGGAGCAAGAGGCCUUCCUUUACCUCCACAUCCUCAAGCUACAGAGCAAGUUCCGGGAGGCGUGGGAAUUCCUCACCGGUGAGCUGUGUGCCAAACUCUACCCCGGCGCUCCAGUCAGUAUGAAAUUCGAGCUCCUAAAAGAAUUAGGAAACUGGAAGGAACUGAAUGAACUUCUUAUGCAACUACUAGAUGCAGAUCGUGAUCGUUGGGACUACUACAAGGAGUAUAUUCAGAGUUCAUUUGAAUUGCUUAAACUCCCGACCAAGGAGCAGGAAAAUGGUGAAAGCGAUCCGUUGGCUAGAUGCCAACAGUUCCUGCAGCGCAUUAUCGAGUCUUCGGAGCGGAAGAGAAGGGGGCCAUAUUUGGCUAGAUUGGAAUUACACAAACGCAUGCGGGCGGAUCAACUGCCGGCGGAGCAAUUGAUUGGCGAUUUUGAUGAACUGGUCAUUGAGUACUUCCAGCUCUUCGGCGACAAGUCGUGCUGCACCCAUGACAUUGCAUUGUUCUUGCCCUCCAUCAGCAUGAAGCAGCGUCAAGCGCUGGCCAAUAAAUUGCUGGUGGAGAGCGGUGUCACCUCCAGUGAGCUACCGCAGAAUAAGGAGCAGAUGCAGAAGCACAUCUGUGCCCUGCAAAUUUCGAGGAUGUGUGGCUCACAUGAGGAGCUAUCUACCGAUCACCUGCUGGCCUUUUACACCGCCCUUAAACUUCACUACGAGCAUGGUCGGUGCUCGUUCGGCAAACAGUUGUUGGCCACUGAGAUGGGACCCUCGGAUCCAUACGCUCUAUUGGCGGCCAACGUAAUGUACGACCUCAGCCGGAGGGAAAACAAGUCGGAUCAUCUAUUUGAGGCACUGUGCCUGUUGCAAUACGUUCUGAGGAACAGUACCAGCAACUUUCACGUUAAACUGCUCAGCCUUAAAAUCUAUCAUCUAUUCGGUUGCCAGGUGGGGGCACAGGAGAUGUACGAGUACCUGGACAUUAAGCAGAUACAGUUAGACUCGAUGGGAUACGUACACUGCCAGCUUUUGCCUCUGGCCGGAAGAUUCUCUGGAAACAGAAGCGUUUAUGAUGCAACGUUAAAGUUCUUUACCAACAGCUACAAGGAGCGCCUGGAGUAUAUUGCCCUGACUUACCGGUUUUGCACUUUCUCGAAGAUGGAAGAGUUCAUGAACUUUAAGGAGCGACUAACCAACAGUCUUCAGUACGUAGCCUGUUCGGUCGAAGCUCAGAUCUGUGACUUGGUCAGCUGCUAUGGAAAUGUCCAGCAAAAUCUUAGUACUUAUUCCGCGAUGAGCAUCGAACCAGCCGACGAUCGGAUAGCCUGGCACGAACUAAGCGAUAAUCGGGAUUUGGAAGCUAUCAUACGUUGGGAUCCGCUGCACCAGGUAGAUGCAGGAGAAGAGCGCAAAGAGUCCUUUGACCAGGAGGUAGAGGUACUCCAAGUGCGUUCGCUGAUGUUACGCUUGUUGGCCUCCUUUGUAGAUUUGUUUCACGGAUUCACUGGAAAAGAUUUACCUCCUGGUACCUCCGAGACUGCCACGCUGGAACUUCUGCGCGAAUCCUGGACCGGAUUAUUCCAACGUUUGCGACUGAUGAGCUACAAGCCUCUGCCACAGAAGUUUCUAGUGAAUUUACUUCCGACACGGUUGCUCCUGCUACUCGAUCUUCCAUAUGAGCGCUUUUUCGACGACCUGGCUCAAUUGGUUCUCGACUUACAUAGUGCAUCCGCCCGGUUAGUUGACCAGUGUAAGCGGGUGGGCGAUCAUGUUGUCGAGAUUAUGGAGCUCUGCGUGCAAACCAUCACCGAGAGCAAUGAAUGCAACGGCUUGGACGGACUGUGGAGGCGCCGGGAGAAACAGCAAAAAGUUUCCGCAUGUCUGGAGAUGCUAUCCUUGUACGCCUUUUUGCUGUCUGUGCUGAACGACAAGCUCCAAGCCAGCUCUAAGACUAAGACCAAGAAGAGGUCCACUAGUGGAAAAGAGAAUGGACCGCAGCCCAUUAGCGAAAAGGAGCGAAGUCAAAUGGUUCACGAGCUGAUGCGACAACUUAAACACAAGUUGGAAGCCUGCGAUGCAUCCAUACGAAACUGGAAGGCGCCCGUCCUACCCCGCGACCUUAGCUCCUUCAUGUCGGACAUGUCGCUGAAACCAGAGGUUGAGGCCACGCUAAUCGGCGACGUCUCGGCCACGUUCAAGGAUUCCCACGAGCUAAUGGUUACGGAACUGAGAAAUUUGCUGAAGGACAAGAUCCGUAUGACGGCCAAGUAGAAGCACCUUUGCUGUGCAAAGGCUAUCCUCUAAUUAGGCAAUUAUUGCCUACGAUCACGAUCCGCGUUCAUAGUUUGUUAUUUAAUUUUGUUAAUGAAUUAAUCAACCUCCUCCCGCUAUAACUAUCUCGAAGUCAAAGCCAAGUCCGCACUUUUCAAUCAAUUUUUGGCAUUUCCCUCGUACAACGUGUAAGUUGUAAACUUUGUAAAACAAAAUUUAAGAGAAUAAAAAAGAUGGUGUACUGCUUGCAAGUAAGUUUCAAUAAAAAAUGAAAUUGUAUAAAAUUUCA